AGUUGAAGAUGAAUCAGGUGCAUCAUUAAGAAGUCUAGCUGGAUCAACAGCGACAUCUCGACCAGUCACACCAAGUACCUCUAUAGGAAUGUCUGCUGCCCCAGAAUCUCCACAGAGCUAUGCCUCUCGUGGCAGGAAAGUGUCCCGCCAGGUGAGCGGCAUAGACAAAACAUCACAGUGUUCGUCCAUGAACUAUUCCAUUCAUCACGAGGAGUCAAUUGAAAAAAUAUUACUAGAGAAAGGAGAUGACAGUUUCCAUCUACCAACGCAUACUCUUAUAUCGCCGAUCGCGCAGUCGAUUCCAACACCAACAGCCAACCACAAAAAGUCAAUUUCGGGACGAUUUACGGUCAGUCCGGCUCAGAAUAUACCGUCAGUAUCAUUCAAGCCUAAGAAUGACACUGGAACACCACCUAAGAGUGAAAGUAGUGCUAGUCAGUCAUUAAUUGAAACAGAAAUGCAGUUCAAAAUGUCUGACACGUCUUUAUCACAUAUUGAUGAAAAAGCACAAAAUGCUGAGCAGAAGAAACUCUUGUUGCAGGAUUCCAUUGAACUUGGUCAAUUGGAAAGAAAGGAUUCUAUUGGCUCGGUUGAUGAAGGUGGUGUUCCUGGUUGUGCCAUUGACUAUCUCACUGUAGAUGAAAACCAGCGAACCAUUCAGUCCAACUUUUCUGUCAAUACUCAGGACAGUGCUAUAUUUGAGCAUGCCCCGUUACAGUGUGGUAACAUCCGAUUUGUCAAAGAUACUGUUGACCUAAUAUAUGAGCCCAAGAAGCAUUACCUAUGUGUAGGUUACGACACGGAGAUGCCGGCAGUGACCGAGUUUAUGUCAAGAUACUGGGGAAAAAAGAAUCCCAACAUUGUCCUGUCUGUGAUAUCGUCAGAGGAAGGUUAUAAACCAUGGAAAAGUCAGCGACUGAAGGACGACUUCCAGAAAGGAAUAUUAAAGGCUGCAAACACAACAGACAUGUGGAUUAUUACUAACGGUAUAAACGCUGGUAUACCAAAAGUGAUCGGUGACGCGAUAAAAGAGUACAACAUAGAGCAGCAGAACACACGCCUUAUUGCAAACCCUUUACUUACUGGUUCGGAGCAUGGAGCCAGGCGACUCACGGCCAUUGGCAUUGUGCCAAAAGACCUAGUUCCAUAUGGAAUGUACUUUGAUGGGACA